CAACACCUGAACCACAGAGGUUUCAGCUGCCCUCAACACCACCUGAGACAGCCGACUCCCCAUCCCAAGACACAUAUUCUGUACCAUGGCACAAAUUUCCCUCAAAAGUCAUGGAUGAGUUGCGUGAAAAAAAGUACAUAAUGGGGAAAGACAGACGAGAGAUGGUUCGGAUCGUCGCUGAAGAUUACCUCCAUAAACACCCAGGAAGACCUGGUAGACAAAAGCUGAGGGAACUCGCCAGUAUGAUUGUAGGACAAUAUCCUGCCUCCUUCAAGCUGACAGAGCCGUUUGGAAACAAACCUUUUGCAAAAGAUGGUUCUGAAACUCUCUUUCGUCAGCUGGAACACAGAAUUGAAAAUAUGAAGAGGCCACAAAGCUCACUGAAGAGGCAAGCAGGGGGUGAAAAUUCAACAAAGAAAAGGCCCAGGAAUUCAGAUCUGUAUGGAUGUGUGGCGUGGGAUCCAAUCAUUGAGGGGGCCGUGUGUAGAGAAGACCUGCUGUCUAAACGAGAUGAGUUGAAACGUGCCUUUCAAACCCAGGAUCUUCAGGAGUCAUCUGUUCGAAAAUUGAUGACUGAAACAUAUCCCAUUCAGCGUGAAAUCCUCAACGAUGAUGAUACCACUAUUGCCGUUGUAAAGGACGAGUGGCCGUUCCUGUUUGAAGUUCCUCACCUGUUUGAUCAUGCAUCUAAACUCCUUGGCUUCUCUGUACAAAACAAGCUGGCACAGGAACUUUCCAAAAAAGAAAAGGGGAUCAAUGACUUCCUUGACUCCAAAGGGAUGAAGACGGGCGAAGGUCCAAUACAGCUCAUCUGUGGCAUUUCAAAAUACUUCAAGGAAGACUCUUAUAAACUCUUCCACAAAAAAGAGGUAGAUGUUGUAGAUUUUAAACUGUGUGCAAGAUAAUUAUUUGCAUCCAGUGGUGAACCAAGUAACCAACCACAGUAGGAAGUAUAGAUUCCCCUAAUUGUGCUGCUGAUAUUCUCUAUAAACUCUCUAUCUAUAAACUAUUUACAUUAAUGUUUGUGCAUAAUGGCUA